GUCACCACAUGAUUGACACGCCCACCUUAUACAAGGGGGCGGGACCUUAACCAUCAGUUUUGUAAGUACCAUGUUGGUUGUUGUUGGUGCUCAGACUCUGGUGGAGGGAACCGACCAGGUUUGAAUGGAUUUUUUGAUGGAACCCGUCACUAACUUUAUGCAGCCACUUCACACCAGCACAACUCUGUAACUGACUGCUUUCCCAGCUGUAGUUUAAAGGAUUUUUCUAAAAAAAAAAAAAAAAAAAAAAUUUACCUGAGACAGAAGUCAGACAUCACCGGCGCAGUGUGCGUGUGAAUCGUAACAUCAUUAAGAGCCUAUCAACUCUAAUUUAACACUACACCAAAACAGAGGCAGAAGUGCUCAAAUUCACCGCGAUGCUUUGACAUUCACAGUAAGGGAAGGUCAUAGUAUUUCUCAGUGUUCCUAAUGGAGAAUGAGACGUCAGCAGCCUCAGGCUAUGUUCCACAUUAUCUUCUUCGAGGAGAUCCCUUUGCAUCCAAGCUGUCUAAGGAAGCCGACAUAGUGGCUGCAAUCUACAUCCUUAUUGUUGGUAUCUUGGGUGCCACUGGAAAUGGUUAUGUCAUCUUUAAGACCAUUACACGGAAAAACAAGUUAAAGCCGCCAGAGUUUAUGACUCUGAAUCUUGCUGUACUUGACUUUGGCAUAUCAGUCUUUGGAAAGCCAUUUUUUCUGGUGUCUAGUUUUUCCCAUCGUUGGCUCUUCGGCUGGGUCGGGUGCCGCUUCUAUGGCUGGACCGGCUUUUUCUUCGGAUGUGGAAGUCUCAUUACGAUGACAAUCGUCAGCUUAGACCGCUACCUGAAAAUCUGUCAUUUAAGAUAUGGAACAUGGUUCAAGCGGAGCCACGCUAUUCUCUUAGUGAUGUUCACUUGGUUUUACGGUGCAUUCUGGGCCACCAUGCCUCUGUUGGGAUGGGGUAACUAUGCACCCGAACCGUUUGGCACCUCCUGUACUCUGGAUUGGUGGCUGGCCCAGGCCUCCGUGUCCGGACAGAGCUUUGUUAUGUGCAUGCUUAUCUUCUGCCUUGUCCUCCCCACCGGCAUUAUCGUCUUCUCUUAUGUCAUGAUCAUCUUCAAGGUGAAGUCAUCAGCCAAAGAAAUCUCUCAUUUUGACACACGGAAUCAGAACAGUAACAACCUGGAGAUGAAGUUAACUAAGGUGGCGAUGUUGAUCUGUGCAGGAUUUUUAAUAGCUUGGAUCCCUUAUGCUGUGGUGUCUGUGGUGUCUGCUUUUGGAGAGCCUGAUUCAGUGCCUAUUCCAGUGUCCGUUGUACCAACUCUGCUUGCCAAAUCCGCUGCCAUGUACAAUCCAAUCAUCUAUCAGGUCAUCGACUGCAAGAAGAAAUGUGCUUUCUGCUUUCAAUCUUGGAAUAAAAAAAGGAAACAUUACAAGUCCUCAAGGUUUUACACCAUCCCUGCAAACCUGAAGGAGAGACCAGCUCAUGAAGUUCAAAUGGAGAUAUAAGGAAAUAACCGAAACUCACAACAGGCUUGUGAAAGGACACUGUGCAACAUUCAUUAUGAUCUUACAAUUCAGACAUCAACGAUUUCCAUCCUUCUUAACUUCACUGAUGUAAUCCACUAUACUGCUUUCAAUAGAAGAAGUAAGAGGUAAAGAUGUGUAUUUUUAUUAUUUUGUAUAAUUAUUUUAAUUUAAAGCACUGCAUAUUUACAGCACCACAAAACAAUUCAAUAGAGGAUCUGCUUCAAAUAGCUAAUGUGCCUGUACAGUAGUAUGACAGUUUAAAACAAAUGCUAUAACAUGGCUCAUUUAUUUUUUGUACACUGACUAAACAUAAUGAAAACUGACCACACACAUGAGCACAUUAACCUACACAUAUACAACUGAAAACAUGUGUGUACUUUGUUACACUGGAUAUAGCACUAAGACUAUGUAUUGAAUGCAUUUUGCAUUAUCAAACACAGAUGAGCACUGAGAAGCUGGGUGAUGUGCAAUGAUUAUACAUACAGUAUCAUUUAAAGAUGUAUUUAAAUGUAUUAGUUUUUAAUAAGCCACAUAAAAGCAGACAAUCCCUUUACUGUCAAAUGUUAAAGUAUAUACAGUUGGUACAGAUAAGUUGUUAGGAGUGUGCGGAUGAAAGUUUCUAAAACAUAUGACAGAGAUUUUAGCUAAUGGAAGUCGUGAAGCAAUACAAGCGCAAGGUUAAGGGUACAUUUUCUUGAAAAUAACUGAGAGACCCACUUACCUCUGCAAAUUGGAUCUCCAAGGGCUUUUAGUGAACAUGUACUCCAUCAAGUAAUCUGCUUAAGAAGCUUGUAUAAACACUCAGGCCCAGUUUUAUAGACAAGGCUUAGGUCUAGUCCUAGACCAAAAUAGGACAUUGUCCUAACAAUUUGCACUGACAUCUUAAUGUUAUUGUUUUUUCUCAUGAUGCACACCACAGAUGCUAUUUUUCUAAGGCACAUUUAUAACAACUACUUUAAUAUCUUAAUUUACCUAAAGCUUACUUCCGGUGUAAUCUACAGGGGGUCGCACACCGGACGCGCCGCGUUGAGUCGCGUCUAGGACAACUCAAAGGUGUCAUACACCGAAAUGCACAUUAAAUAGCGCGAGCUUGGUCAGAUAGCGUCUACUUCAAAAUGCAAAAUAUACGUUAGCAGCCAAUGUUAAUCGUUAAUGAUUUGGGACGAAUAUGAUGUUAUUUAAUGUUAAACCAUCUGAGUGGCGCAACAGGGAUUUGAGCAACUUCCUGAGUCAUAGCUGGGCGCCGCGGAUAGGUGCCACCUGUUGGUGCCGGUGUGCAUAUACUUGUAGAAAACAAUGUGUUAGAUUUUUCUAGAAUGGCGCUGCGAUGAGCUGUGCGUCCGGUGUGCGACCCCCUUAAGCCUUGUCUAUGAAACCAAGUCACAGUGUAUAAGAUCCCAUUGACAAACAGUAGAAUAAACUUAGUUGUGAGAACGCUUAAAGAUCCUGUGAAAUGAAAACUGACAAUUCUUACUUUUUAAUGAACUAUUGCAUUGUUCAUUACAAACAAUUUAUCCGUAUGGGUCACAAUUUUUUUUAUGUGCCCUCAUAAACAUUAAUAAAAAUCUGUAAAUGUACUUCCGCCCUCUUGUGAUGAUCCUUCCAGCCUGAUCUCACAAGAAAUCGUAUAUAUUUUACGAGUUGGCUAAUGAUAAGUUUAUCGUGCAAAAAUCGUAUGAUUCUCAUGAAAAAACAACAACGAAUCCGAGCCCUGCAUCUAACCCCAACGUCACAGUGGUCAAUGCAAAUCAUACCAAAACGUACAAAUGUGGUCGUAUAAAUUAAUACUAAUUAGCCAACUCGUACAAUAUGUAUGAAUUCUCGUGAGAUAAUGUUGAUCCUUCCCUAAUGACAUCAGCUAGACGGCUUAGGCGGAGCAUCAGUUAACCCUCCCUAAAAGCUUGGCCGUCACAUGAUUCAUGGAGACUUCAGUUAGUUCCUGGAAGUUCAUAGUGAGUCAUUUAAAUACAUUAAGGAAGAGGCAAAGAGCUGUGAUUUUUUUCCUAAGUAAUAGUCAAGAAAUGGAUUGAUUAACAAUUUUCAUAUAUCACACCAAAAUGUGUAGGUAGUAUAUUUAUGUAAUGACACAUAAAAACAAUGUUUUUUGAUAAAUAAAAUCCAUUAAUAUAGGAAGAUCAGUAUGGUCAGCUGCUGCUAUGUGCCUUUUUAACAUGUUUUACACUGCUCCUAACUCCUUUAUACUGUAGCUUAAAAAUGCAUCACACUGUGUACACUGAAAAAAAAAACAUUCAUUCAAUUUACUCAAAUUUUUUAAGGUAAGUGGUUGCAAUCAAUUUAUUUAAGCUACAUUUAAACAAACCUUUUUUGUUUUGUUUUGCCUUUCUAAUUGUUUUGUUUAAAUGUAGCUUUAAUAAAUUGAUUGCAACCACUUACCUUAAAAAAAUGAGUAAAUUGAAUGAAUCAUUAAUGUCAGCUCAUAAUGUUUGUGCAUGUUCAUAAUGUACAAUUGACCGUGUGAUGUGUAUUCUGUGCCUGUUUGGUUUAUAAAUGUACAAAGAACAAGACUUAAGGCAUGUUUAAUUUAUUGUAAAUUGUAAUAAUACCCCUGGCUCAGUGUUGUUUUUUCGUUAUUGUUAAUAUGAACAUCUGAUGUUAGAUGCCAUCUUCAUUAUUAAUCCCUGAAUGUAUUAAUAUAUGCAUUUUAUGCAUUGAUAGAUUAAUUUAUUGCAUUUAAUUUAAUGAACCAGCAGAAUCACAGUGCCAAAAACACUCCACCCAUAUGUUUUAUGCAUAAAU